AGACGCGAGCCCAUUUCAGAACGCGGGGACGCAGCCGCGGCGCAGCGCACGGUCGGGCUCGCGAGUGUUCGUGUACCACGGACGGGGAUUGUGUUUAACGGUUCCUCGUGGCAGCUGCUACGUCGGGAGGCCCCGAUCGAGCUGGACACUCUCCGCGGGACACUUAUGUGAGAACGCACGAGCGAGCGAGGCGAACAUGGUGUCGGUGAUGCAGCCGUACAUGGACAUCGAGAGCUCGAGGAGUUACAUCGACGAGCUAUACUCACCGGACCCGCAGAAGUGUCUCGAGGCGAUUAUAUGCCUCAAGAACUCGGUGAUCGGCAGCAACAGGCAAAAGGGUUCGGUCAUAGCUCAGGGUGUUGUGCCAAGACUGCUGCAACUGCUCGGAGACUCAUCCGGCACUAUCGGCGACCGCAUCAGAUUGGAGUCGGCUGUGACUCUGGGUUCCCUGGCGAAAGGCACGGAUCAGCAUGUCCUGGCACUCAUAGAUCUAGGUGUAGUUCCGUUGCUGCUGCAAGUCCUGCUCAUCGCACCGACCCCCGAGGCCCCCGCGGACGGCAAGAUGAGAGUGUUGGAUCUGCUGAACGAGGCCUGCCUGCGAUGCCUGCGCACGGUGUUCCAGCACGCGACGGCACCGAUACUCUCCAUCUUUCAGGACCCUGCCUUGGUGCCACGAUUGCUGUCGUUGACCAGUCGUUCGGUCACCUGUCAGAUCUGCGUCGCGACGAUCCUGACGACCGCGUGCAAGACAACAGAUGAGCAGAACGCUCUGUCCAAGGGCGGGGCGGUAGAGACGUUGGCGAUGCAACUGGACUCCCCGUUGCCCGAUGUGCAGUUGCCAGCUUUGGCCUGCCUGGCGAACAUGUGUUAUCAGAAUCACGCAGUGUCCGUGAUGGUCGCGUCGGCCAGCACGAGCAGCGCCAUGAACGGCAGACUGGUGCCCGUGGCGCUGGGUCAGCUGAUGGGCCGCGAGAGGAGCUCGCUGAUACAGCUGGAGGCCGCGAGAUGUAUCGCGUACAUGCACAGAGCCGGUGCGCUGCCGUCCACCGAUCCGCGAGUCGUGUACCGCGCGUUACCUUGCCUGGUGCGACUCUGCCACCGGGAUCGGCCACCCCGCGAGCGCGUUGCCGCAGCGGAGACGCUCGCGUACCUCACCGAGGUCGACACGGACCUGCAGCGCCUGGCGUCCAUCAGCAAUCACCUCAUACCGACACUGGCGGAGCUGCUACGACCGCACCCGCAAGUGCAGGACGCAACGCUGACGCAGGACAUGCGACAGGCUGCGUUCAGGGCGUUCGCAUCCCUCGGCGCCAACGACGAGGACAUUCGAAAGCGUAUUAUCGAAACGGAGAGUUUGAUGGAACAGGUUGUCUCGGGUCUCCAGGAUCCCGGUGGAUCCCGCGUUCGUUUAGCCGCAGUUAGAUGCUUGCACUCCCUCUCGAGGAGCGUGCAGCAGCUCCGCACGACAUUUCAGGAUCACGCAGUGUGGAGGCCACUCAUGCAGUUGUUGCACGGAGCGGACAAGGGGCUGGAGGGUAGAGGCGAAAGCGAAGAUGAUUUAUUAACUGUUGCCUCGAGUACUUUGUGUAAUUUACUAUUGGAGUUUAGUCCGAGCAAAGAGCCGAUUCUCGAGUCCGGCGGAGUAGAGUUAUUGUGUUCCCUCACUAAACGGCCGGACCCAGCGCUCCGACUGAACGGCAUUUGGGCCCUGAUGAACGUGGCUUUCCAAGCGGAGCAGCGGGUAAAGUCGCAAAUUCUCUCGUGCCUGGGUACCGAUCAGAUCUUCCGUCUGUUGGCGGAUCCGGAACUGGCCGUGCUGAUGAAAACGCUGGGCCUCUUGCGAAAUUUGCUCUCGACUAAGGCUCACAUAGAUCGCAUCAUGGGCGAGCACGCCGCACACGUGAUGCAGGCGGUCAUCCUGGUGCUCGAGGACCCGGAACACCCGGCGGACGUUAAAGAGCAAGCGCUCUGCAUCCUCGCGAACGUGGCCGACGGCGAUCGCGCCAGGGAUCACAUCAUGGCUAACGACGACGUGCUUAAGAAGCUGAUGGAUUACAUGAUGCAUAGCAACGUAAAGUUACAAGUCGCAGCGAUAUUCUGCGUGUGCAACCUAGUCUGGAGGGAGGAGCCCGGUGCCGCGCAACGGCAAGCGCGUCUGAGAGAAUUAGGAAUUUAUCGUAUCUUGCAGCAGCUACGUCAGACGAAAGAUACUCAGCUGUUUGAGAAAGUCAAGACUGCCAUAGCGCAAUUUUACGACGCUUGAAUAAAGCUGGAGCGAAAACCUCAGCGAACGAAGAUUUAGAUCAUGAUUUCAAGUGUCUUUUUUAUAAUUGAAGUAUAUAUAUAUUACGGGCGUUUUAGCGUUAAUACUGUGAUUACUUCGGUUGACGACGUUGACAAGUGCUCGAGAGAGUUAUGACACACACACACACACACACAGUGAAGAUGAAGAUGACGACAUUUCCGAGCCUGUGCCUGUAAUCUGUCCAUAGUAUUUAUUUAACUUAAGUAUGGAGAAAAAGAGAGUUAUAUACACAUUUGUACGUAUAUAUGUGAAAUUCGUUUGUGCUUAUAUUGAGAGGGAGAGAGAGAUAUACGUUGACGAGCAUUAAUUCGCAAUUUCAUUCGUUUACAAGCAGAGGCUUCGGAUGUUGUGGAUUGUCAGAUGUGCACCGAGAGAGAGAGAAAGAGAGAGAAAGAGAGAGAAUUAGAAGGGGACGA